GCCAUGUCAUUUACGAAUACACACGGAGAAAGACAGCUUGAAACACAAAAAAUCACGCGCAAAGUUCGUAUCUCUCAGUUCCUCACCGAAGCCAUUCUCAAUUGUAGUUACAGUUGCCAUUGCGCAACAAAUUUGCUACUCUCUCUAUCUGUCUAGGGUUUCGUGGGAUCAUAACAAUAACACAUCUUUUCAUAAUGCGGGGUGACUUAUGUAAUUAUGUUCACACUGAUGAAGAUUUCUUGCGAUUGAGUUUUUCGUUUUUCCUUUAAGGGAUUUGGAGUGAAGUGUUUGGGAAUGGUUAGAAGGUUGAUUGCUAAGCAUUGAGGUGAGAAAAUGGAUUCUGCAAGGAGUUGGCUUCAGAAGUUCCAGCCUCGAGAUAAAACCAGGGCUGCUGGGAAGAAAAAGGAGGAGGAUGGUAAUGGAGGAAACCAGGAUUCGAAUGAACCCGUGGAUGAAGCAUUGUUAUCCAGUGUCACGAAGCAGAAGGUGGCAGCAACAAAGCAGUACAUUGAAAAUCAUUACAAGGAGCAAAUGAAGAACCUUCAGGAGAGGAAGGAGCGUCGAACCAUCUUGGAAAAGAAGUUGGCUGAUGCUGAUGUCUCUGAGGAGGAUCAAAACAACCUGCUUAAAUUUUUAGAGAAAAAGGAAACUGAAUAUAUGCGCCUUCAGAGGCAUAAGAUGGGUGUUGAUGAUUUUGAGUUAUUGACAAUGAUUGGGAAAGGUGCAUUUGGGGAGGUCAGAGUCUGUAGGGAGAAAACUAGUGAUCAUGUAUAUGCAAUGAAGAAGCUGAAAAAAUCAGAGAUGCUUCGUAGAGGCCAGGUUGAGCAUGUUAAAGCUGAAAGGAAUCUCCUCGCAGAGGUUGACAGAAAUUGCAUAGUCAAGCUUUAUUGUUCUUUCCAAGAUGAUGAAUAUUUGUAUCUUAUUAUGGAGUAUCUACCGGGUGGGGAUAUGAUGACUCUACUUAUGAGAAAGGAUACCUUGACUGAAGAUGAAGCCAGAUUUUAUGUAGGAGAAACAAUUUUGGCUAUUGAAUCUAUACAUAAGCACAAUUAUAUACAUAGGGAUAUCAAGCCAGACAACUUACUACUUGAUAGAUAUGGACACUUGAAAUUGUCAGAUUUUGGACUUUGUAAACCAUUAGAUUGUAGUGCACUUGAAGAAAAGGAUUUUUCUGUGGGUCAGAAUGUGAAUGGAUCUACACAAAGCUCAACUCCUAAACGCUCACAACAGGAACAACUGCAACAUUGGCAAAUGAACAGGAGGACACUUGCUUAUUCCACAGUUGGUACACCAGAUUAUAUUGCUCCAGAAGUUCUUUUGAAGAAAGGUUAUGGGAUGGAAUGUGAUUGGUGGUCACUGGGAGCUAUUAUGUACGAAAUGUUGGUGGGAUAUCCACCUUUUUAUUCUGAUGAUCCAAUGUUAACAUGUAGGAAGAUAGUAAAUUGGAAAACUUACUUGAAAUUUCCUGAAGAAGCUAGGCUAUCCCCAGAAGCUAAAGAUCUUAUUAGUAAACUUUUGUGUAAUGUCAAUCAAAGGCUGGGGUCAAAAGGUGCAGAUGAAAUAAAGGCUCAUCCAUUCUUCAAAGGUGUUGAAUGGGAUAAGCUCUAUCAAAUGGAAGCUGCAUUUAUUCCUGAGGUCAAUGAUGAGUUAGAUACUCAGAAUUUUGAAAAGUUUGAUGAGUCUGACAGCCAAAAUCAAUCAUCAUCAAGAUCUGGUCCAUGGAGGAAGAUGCUUUCAUCUAAGGACUUGAAUUUUGUUGGAUACACUUACAAGAACUUUGAAAUUGUCAAUGAUUAUCAAGUUCCUGGGAUAGCUGAACUGAAGAAGAAACAGUCCAAACCAAAGAGGCCAACCAUCAAGUCACUUUUCGAUUGUGAAUCAGAAACAUCAGAGGGGUCUGAUACUGAUACUUCUGCAAAUGAUCAACCUGCUCAAGGAAGCUUUUUGAAGCUCUUGCCACCCCAGUUAGAGGUAUCUCCUCAUCGCAACAAGAAUCUUCCUCCCAGGUCCUAACCGGCCCCAAUCACAAGAUCUAUGCAGUCUGACAGUGUAGGAAUCAUCAUAACCAUGGUUUUAAAUUGUGGUUGCGUUGCAAUGAAUCAGAAAACCUUUAUAUUGCGGGUUAUUGUGGAAAAAUGUGGUUGAUGCAUUGCGGUGAGUCAAAGUAAGUUGACAUUGUGACUGUAAUUGCAGUUGUGGAAUGCUAUUUAAAACCAUGAUAAUAACUCAUAGCAUUUUGACUAUUUCCGCGUUUAAAAAUAUCACUCUUCAUGCGUUGGAUUUGUUCUAAAGUUACACUAACGGCUUGGACCAGUUUCUUGUCAGUGGCCACAACUAUUGAUUUGUAAAUCUCUUGCUAAGUGUCCGUGGUCACACAUGCUACACUAAAACAGAUAAUAUACCCGAUGUCCAUGAAUACUGGAUACCAUGUAUAUUCGCCUUCACUUUUAUAUUAAUGAUAUCAAAGCAUUUAUCCCUGUAACAUUGGAGUGUAAUGAUUGACAAGUUAUUUAGCAGAACAAGACCUUUUUGAGUUUUUUUAAACUGUCGAUGACCUGGUUCAUUUUUUAAUAUUAUUUUUAUUAUGGAUGGUUA